GCUUAGCUGAGAGAGUCACGUUGACGUGAUGCUUGGACAUCCCGGGCCACUGAAUCAUUCGUAACGAUAACAGCGCACUACAUAACGACUGAGUGAAAACUGGUCUCGUAUGUACUACAGACAAGAGCGAUGCAUGACAGUCACACAGGGAAUAACAUUGCAGAAUUACUAAAGGAGGCCGUCACUGAAUGGGGUUUGGAAGAGAAACAUCCAGUGAUUGUAACAGACAAUGCAUCCAAUAUGAAUGUCGCGGCUGGACUCGCAGACAUGACCCACAUCCGGUGUUUUGCGCACAGCCUGAAUCUCGCCUCACAGAAAGCACUAAAGUUGCCAGCAGUGGAGCGACUCCUAGGCAGGAUCAGACGUGUUACAAGCUUUUUCAGACGCAGCACCAUAGCCAGCCACCAGCUAAAACAAAAGCAAGACCACUGAAGCCAAUGAAGAAUGCCACAUUAGUAAUGUCAGAAGAGAGCAUGCCCACUCUUUCUGUCAUUGCACCACUUUAUUCAAAGCUUGUCAUGGGCACAGAAGAAAGCCCAGAUGAUAUAAAGACAGCAAAGGACAUCAAGGCUGCUAUAGCACAAGAUCUGGGAAAGAGAUAUGCCAAUGAGAGGGAGACACUGUGCAUGGCAUCAGCUCUGGAUCCAAGGUUUAAGGAUCUACCCUUUCUCUCUGAAAUGGAGAUCAAAGAGACCUACUCCAAAAUGACGGAUGCUGUGGUGGCUGCCAUAAAGAAGCAACAGAAUCAGCAAGAUAGAGAAGUAGAGGAGACUGACCAGUCAAAGGAUGUUGAAGAUCACCUUUAUGACAAUAUAGAUGGCUCUGCCUCCACCUCCCUGCAAGCCAUAAAGAGGCCAAGGAAAUCAUGUGCAUUGGCUGACUUGCUUGGAAUGGUAUUUGCCACUUCUGAAAACAACAUGGCACCAAAAUCUGCACAUGAUACUGCUGCAUCUGAGAUUAAGAGGUUUAGAGAAGAAAAACCUUCUUGCCCCUCCAAGAAAACCCACUCAGUUGGUGGAAAGAACAUGAAGAUGCGUACCCUGACCUAUCCAAACUAGCAAAGGGUUUCCUGUGCAUUCCGGGCACAAGUGUUUCUGCGGAAAGAGUUUUCUCCACCGCAGGAGACAUUGUAACUGCACAUAGAAGUGCCCUGACAUCUGAGCAUAUUGACCAGCUUAUCUUUCUUCAGAAAAACCUUGACAUUAAAUAAAAAGACAAAUACAAAUACAAAUGAAAGAAACCUGUAAAAUCCAAGUUUAAAGGUUCUGAGAAUGUUCAACAUCUGUAAAUAUUUUAUUGUUUAUAUUUGUUUUGUUUUCUUUAGGAAUCCUGCAAGCACUUUAUUUUUUCAUUGAUAUUAAGCAGAUAUAAUUCUUUUGUUCAGAUCAAAAUGUUAUAUUUUAUAUUUAGUUUAAAUAAAUAAUCCUGCAAGCAAUUUAUUUUUCAGUGAUAUAAAGCAGAUGUAAUUCUUUUGUUCAGAUCAAAAUGUUAGGACACUGCAUGCUACAAUUGUAAACUGAAACUGUGAAGCUUUAAAAGCAGGGUCUAAAAAUAUAUAUGGUCUGUUUAUAACAGCUAACAUUUAAUACAUUUAAUUUAACACAUUUAAUACAUUUAAGAAAUCCUGCAAGCACUUUAUUUUCCCCCUUUAUUCAUACUGCACAUAAAGUGGUUCAAUCAUAUUGAAUGUUACAGGGGCUAAUUAAUGCAAAUGCAGUUCCCACUGUGUUCUGGUUAAAUAAAAAACAUUUUUUUGCUAAGGUUUGCAUAUGGUGGUGUUCUUGACAGAUUCCCUAAAACUUUAUCCUAUAACUAAAAUAAGAAAUAUCCCAAUAUAUCGCCUUGCUUACAAUAUCGCAAUGUAUCGCAACCCCGUAUCGUGAUACGUAUCGUAUCGCCAGAUUCUUGCCAAUACACAGCCCUAGACAGAUGGGAUUGCAAUGACUGGUAUAUUAUUUGAUGUUUGAACAUGAACAUGGGGAUUAGUAUUAGUAAGUAUUAGCAGGAGCAGAUAUGGUAGAGGGAGUUGGGUUGAGGUCAG